AUGCACCACCAGGACCAGGAGCUUCAUCAAAAGCAAUACCACGAGCACAACCACGAGAACGAGCACAAACACGAAGAGGAACAAGGCAUGGAGAGCGAAUUGGUGCUAGUGCAGCAGCAGUCAGAAGUUGCUAACAGUGAUACGGUUCUGUUCGAGCUACACGGUGUUGCUUCAGCAGCUACAACCGUACACUACAAUUACAUUUUUGCGGAAGUCGUGGUCUCUGAAAGUGAAAAGUUCCCAAACGAUUCACCGUAA